AAGAAGAGGAAGAAGGGAGAGAUGGAAAAGCCAGGCAGGCCCGGUUAUCUGCGUCGUGGAUCGGAGGAGAUAAGACAUGGGAGAGAAAGGCAUCAGCUUGGACGAAAUAAAGAACGAGACCGUCGAUUUGGAACAUAUUCCGGUGGAGGAAGUCUUCGAGCAGCUCAAAUGUUCCAGAGAAGGAUUAAGCUCAGAGGAGGGAGUCAAAAGGCUCGAAAUUUUUGGCCCGAACAAGCUCGAGGAGAAGAAGGAGAGCAAGAUCCUCAAGUUUUUAGGGUUCAUGUGGAACCCUCUGUCCUGGGUCAUGGAAAUGGCCGCCAUAAUAGCCAUUGCCCUGGCCAACGGCGGCGGCAAGCCGCCGGACUGGGAAGACUUCCUUGGAAUAGUCGUGCUGUUGGUCAUUAACUCCACGAUAUCGUUCGUCGAGGAGAACAACGCCGGCAACGCGGCCGCCGCUCUCAUGGCCGGCCUUGCCCCCAAAACAAAGGUGCUUCGAGACGGGCGGUGGGCCGAGCAGGACGCGGCGAUUCUGGUCCCCGGUGACAUCAUCAGCAUCAAGUUGGGCGAUAUCGUCCCGGCCGACGCGCGCCUCCUCGAGGGGGAUCCCUUGAAGAUCGACCAGUCUGCGCUCACCGGCGAGUCGCUCCCCGUGACGAAGAACCCCGGCGACGAGGUCUUCUCCGGAUCCACCUGCAAGCAGGGCGAGAUAGAGGCCGUCGUCAUCGCCACCGGCGUGCACACCUUCUUCGGCAAAGCAGCGCACCUCGUCGACAGCACCAACCAGGUCGGCCACUUCCAGAAGGUGCUCACCGCCAUCGGAAACUUCUGCAUCUGCUCCAUCGCGAUAGGGAUCUUCGUCGAGCUCAUCGUUAUGUACCCGAUCCAGCACCGGAAGUACCGGGACGGGAUCGACAACCUCCUGGUGCUCCUCAUCGGAGGGAUCCCGAUAGCGAUGCCGACGGUCCUGUCGGUGACGAUGGCGAUCGGGUCGCACAAGCUGUCUCAGCAGGGCGCGAUCACGAAGAGAAUGACGGCGAUAGAGGAGAUGGCCGGCAUGGACGUGCUCUGCAGCGACAAGACCGGGACGCUGACGCUCAACAAACUGAGCGUCGACAAGAACUUGAUUGAGGUCUUCGCGAGAGGGGUCGAUCGGGAUCAGGUCGUCCUAAUGGCGGCCAGAGCUUCGAGGACCGAGAACCAGGACGCCAUCGACGCCGCCAUGGUCGGAAUGCUUGCAGACCCAAAAGAGGCGAGGGCGGGCAUACAAGAAGUCCACUUCUUGCCAUUUAACCCAGUCGACAAGAGGACUGCGCUGACAUACAUCGAUGCUGACGGCGAAUGGCAUCGCGUGAGCAAAGGAGCUCCGGAACAGAUUUUGAGCCUCUGCAACUCCAGAGAGGAGGUUAAGAGAAGAGUUCAUUCUAUCAUCGACAAGUUUGCCGAGCGCGGGCUUCGGUCGCUGGCUGUUGCCCGACAGAAAGUACCAGAGAGGACGAAGGAGAGCUCAGGUGGGCCAUGGGAGUUCGUCGGAUUGUUGCCUCUCUUUGAUCCCCCAAGGCAUGACAGUGCAGAAACAAUCCGCAGAGCUCUUAAUCUUGGCGUGAACGUGAAGAUGAUUACUGGUGACCAGCUUGCAAUAGCUAAAGAAACUGGUAGAAGGCUUGGAAUGGGGUCAAACAUGUAUCCUUCCUCCUCGCUCCUUGGCCAAACUAAGGAUGAAUCAAUCGCUGGACUUCCUGUCGAUGAGCUGAUUGAGAAGGCUGAUGGUUUUGCUGGAGUUUUCCCUGAGCACAAGUAUGAGAUAGUGAAGAGGUUGCAGGAAAAGAAGCACAUAUGUGGUAUGACAGGAGAUGGUGUGAAUGAUGCACCGGCGUUGAAGAAAGCUGAUAUUGGCAUUGCUGUUGCUGAUGCCACAGAUGCUGCAAGAAGUGCUUCUGAUAUUGUCCUCACUGAACCUGGUCUCAGUGUCAUUAUCAGUGCUGUACUUACAAGUAGAGCCAUCUUCCAGAGAAUGAAAAACUACACUAUAUAUGCUGUUUCUAUUACAAUCCGUAUUGUGCUUGGUUUUAUGCUUAUUGCACUGAUAUGGAAAUUUGACUUCUCACCUUUUAUGGUUCUGAUAAUUGCCAUACUUAAUGAUGGUACUAUCAUGACAAUCUCCAAAGACCGGGUGAAACCAUCUCCGUUGCCUGACAGUUGGAAGUUGAGGGAGAUUUUUGCCACUGGUGUCGUUUUAGGAUCUUAUUUAGCUUUGAUGACUGUCAUCUUCUUCUGGGCUAUGAGGGAGACAAACUUCUUCUCAGAUAACUUCAAAGUUAGAUCAAUAAGGAAAAGUGACCAUGAAAUGAUGGCUGCUCUGUACCUUCAAGUUAGUAUUGUUAGCCAGGCUCUCAUUUUUGUCACAAGAUCACGCGGUUGGAGCUUUCUUGAACGCCCUGGACUUCUAUUAGUCAGUGCCUUUGUUAUUGCACAACUUGUUGCAACUCUUAUUGCUGUCUAUGCUAACUGGAGUUUUGCCAAAAUCAAAGGCUGUGGCUGGGGAUGGGCCGGAGUUGUGUGGCUGUAUAGUCUAGUUUUCUACAUCCCAUUGGACCUUUUCAAGUUCUUCAUUCGCUAUAUUCUAAGUGGAAAAGCGUGGGAUAAUCUCUUCAAGCAGAAGACUGCCUUCACCACAAAGAAGAACUAUGGAAGAGAGGAAAGGGAAGCUCAAUGGGCUGUUGCACAGAGAACGCUUCAUGGCCUCCAAACACCUGACUCCACCAAUCUAUUCUCUGACAGGAGCAGCUUCCUUGAGCUCUCUGAGAUCGCCGAGCAGGCCAAGCGACGAGCUGAGAUUGCUAGGAUAAGAGAGCUGAACACUCUGAAGGGUCAUGUGGAAUCAGUUGUCAAGCUAAAGGGGCUCGACAUCGACAACAUCCAGCAGCAUUAUACAGUCUAGGACUCUUACAGAUGUGUGGCCAUUAAGGUGAUGCAGUACAAAACACUCAAAAGUUAACUAGAGAUCAUUAUAUGAUGUAGCAGAUAAAAUAUUGCUCAAUUUCCCCCUAUUUUCAAUUUCACAUAGUUCUGCUGACCUCUUAUUAGGAAAAGCAGAAUUACAGCACUUUGAUGUUCUUUUGCAAUGUAAUUAAGCUCCAACGCCGAGUUUUAAAUUGCACAAAUGUUUGAAGAUAUUUGAUUCAUAAAGUAUAGCCUUGAGAACCAAAAAAAAGGAGGUUUAAUGUUGUUAGA